AUGUCAUCUUCUUCUUCAUCUCGUACCAUAAACGUAGAUGUAAGAUAUUUUUCUAAUUCUUGUUCAAUAGUACUUUUUUCUGGUACUACAGGCUGUUUAUCAUAUAUUGCCAUUAACAAUUCUUUUCGUGCAGAAGAAUUAGUAAUCGAGAUUGAUUUCGAUGACGAUGAACUUGAAAUUGAAGAUGUUGAUAACGAUGAACAUGAAGUUGAAGAUAUUGAAGAUGAAGAUGGUAUUGAAGAUAUCGAAGCUCUCAUUGAAGAUGUUGAAGACGAAGAUGGAAUUGAAGAUAUUGAAGAUAUUGAAGACGAAGAUGGAAUUGAAGAUAUUGAAGAUAUUGAAGACGAAGAUGGAAUUGAAGAUAUUGAAGAUGAAGAUGGAAUUGAAGAUAUUGAAGAUGAAGGUGGAAUUGAAGAUAUUGAAGAUGAAGAUGGUACUGAAGAUAUUGAAGACGAUGUACAUUUAGAUUGA